AUAUGGGACACUUCCGGGAGGCUUGAUUGCUCGCUCAACUGCCACAGGUUCCUGUCAAUUUUGAGUAUAUGUGAUGGCAGGCCAAUAUGGUACCAGCUUUUAUUAUAUGCAAGAGAUACUAUUUACACUGCCUGGAUAGGUCUGGUUGAAACAUUAAAAGGACAAAAAGAAUUUGAUGAUUCCGGCAACAGUAAAUUAGGUUUAAUUAUUGGACACUACGUUUUACCAUCCUUCUUGGCUGGCAAAUUUUUUUUUGGGAUGACGUUAUUUAUUGCACUGUUGAUAUACAAAUGGAAAAGUCGGCAUUUGUCCAUGUACGAAAAUAUUGAAAAUUACUUGGAACAUGCCAAUUUGAUGCCUAUCAGAUAUUCAUACAAGGAAAUAAAAAAGAUGACCGGAGGUUUCAAGGAUAAAUUGGGUGAAGGAGGAUAUGGUUCUGUGUUUAAGGGAAAGUUGUGUAGUGGACCUUCUGUGGCAAUAAAAAUGUUAGGUAAAUCAACAGGUAAUGGUCAAGAUUUUAUUAGUGAAGUUGCAACUAUCGGAAGAAUUCAUCAUCAAAAUAUUGUAAAAUUGGUUGGAUUUUGUGUUGAAGGAUCAAAACGUGCUCUUGUUUACGAAUUCAUGCCUAAUGGAUCUUUGGAUAAAAUUAUUUUUUCCAAAGAUGGAAAUAUACAUUUAAGUUAUGAUGAAAUAUAUCAUAUUUCAAUUGGAAUAGCUAGAGGGAUAGCUUAUCUUCAUCAUGGGUGUGAGAUGCAAAUCCUGCAUUUUGAUAUCAAACCCCACAACAUCUUACUAGAUGGAAAGCUCACCCCAAAGGUCUCGGACUUUGGAUUGGCAAAAUUAUAUCCAAUAGACAAUAGCGUUGUCACAAUGACAGGAGCAAGAGGAACCAUUGGGUAUAUGGCUCCAGAAUUAUUUUAUAAUAACAUUGGAAGAAUAUCUCAGAAGGCUGAUGUUUAUAGCUUUGGAAUGCUUCUUAUGGAGAUGGCAAAUAAAAGGAAAAACCUAAAUCCACAUGCACAACAUUCAAGUCAACUGUAUUUUCCUUUUUGGAUUUACAAAUAUAUUGGAAAAGAAAAAGAUAUAGAUAUUGAAGAUGUCAAAGAGGAAGAAAAGGAAGAAGUAAAGAAAAUGAUUAUAGUUGCACUUUGGUGCAUAAAAUUGAAACCAAAUGACCGUCCCACAAUGAGUGAAGUAGUUAAAAUGCUUGAAGGAGACAUUGAAAGCUUGAAAAUACCUCCAAAGCCUACUUUAUUUCCGGAUGAAACAAUGUCAAGCGACUUAAGCUUCACUAGUUCUUCUAAUUCUUCCACGUAAAUUGCAGUUAAUCCUUAAUAGAUUAUAUAAUUUAUUGGUUGAAUAGUUCUUUUGUUUCAUU